ACCGACGAAAUAAGGAGGACCCUGACCAUUCUGAUCUUGUAUAACUCCCGUAGAGUUUGUCGUCUUUAUCUGCCAGUGUGCGUGUGCAGCGCCUACAGUUUCCCAGAGCUAUUAUCUAUGAAUGAAUCUGGACUUUUUUAUUCGCCGGGUGUGCCACCUGCCGGUGCGUCACGGCCGCUUUGGCCAAUCCUGACGCAGUGAUUCUUCGUGCGCCCUUGGAGAUCCCGCGGUGCUCCUCACAUCGCCGGCCAAUCUCCGGCUCGGUGACGGUAGAAGGCGAACCUCGUUAGUUGUGUAUCGUUAGCGCUUCAGAUUUGACUAGAUUGGACUGCCGUACUGCUGCUGUGCCAAACAUGGACCCGUGACAAGUUUGACUGGAUUUCCACAUCUACUUGCACUGCCUUUGACCCGCGCACCACUGAAUGUAAUGAGACGCCAUGAUCCGGUCAGAGGAGGAUAAUCGUGCACCCCCAGUAGACAGCAUGGACACCGAAAGGCACGCCGCUGAAAGGUGACCUCCAGACACUUCACCUCCCCAAAACAUUUGAAUAUGCCAGGACAUAACAAUGAGCUCCAACAGCACAGACCCUGGUCUCUUCUUGACUGCAAACAGCUCGCUACUGGCAGCCGGAGCCUAUCCACAAUCCAAUGCCCUCCACCAAGCAGGAAGUGGAGGAACCCCCUUUGGGGGUUUUGUGAAUACCCCGGAUGAUAAUUCCUCUUCCACCAGCAAACUCAUAAACUUCACAGCAGAACUGCAAAAUGGGAAUGUGACUGCAGCCCUCGACCCGUUGGGUGGACAUCCUUUGUGGCAGGUUGUCCUCAUCGUUUUGCUGACUGGCACGCUGUCACUGGUCACCAUCAUCGGCAACAUCCUGGUGGUUGUAUCCUUUAAGGUUAAUCGCCAGCUAAAGACAGUCAAUAACUACUUCCUGCUAAGCUUGGCUGUGGCUGACCUCAUCAUAGGGGUCAUCUCCAUGAACCUUUACACAGCUUAUCUUGUGAUGGGCUCCUGGGCCAUGGGCAACUGGGCCUGUGACAUGUGGCUGGCUAUAGACUAUGUGGCCAGCAAUGCAUCAGUUAUGAACCUACUGGUCAUCAGCUUUGACCGCUACUUUUCAAUCACUAGGCCUUUGACCUACCGGGCCAAGCGGACCACAAAGCGAGCUGGGAUCAUGAUCGGCCUAGCCUGGAUUGUUUCUCUUGUCCUGUGGGCUCCAGCCAUCCUACUAUGGCAGUAUUUUGUGGGGCAAAGGACAGUCCCAUCAACUGAGUGCUACAUUCAGUUCCUCACAGAGCCCAUCAUAACCUUCUGCACAGCCAUGGCUGCUUUCUACCUGCCUGUGACGAUAAUGAGUGUUCUCUACUGGCGCAUUUACAAGGAGACCCAAAACCGUUCAAAGGAGUUAGCUGGAUUGCAGGGUUCAGGGAGCCGUGGUGGGAUAGGAGGAAGAGCUGGGAAUGGUGGGGGCCAGAGAGCUCGUUUUGUCCAUCAGACGGGAAGUUCUAGAAGCUGCAGCAGCUAUGAGCUGACCAGAUUGUCCCGGAGACGAAGCACAUGUCGGGAGCUGGUGGGCCGCUUUCACUGUUGGCCUGGGGUUCGUUCCUGGAGACCUGGUAGUAUCCGGCAGGGGGAGGGUGAUCCAGACCAGAGCAGCAGCGAUAGCUGGAACAAUAACGAUGCUGCAGUCUCCUUGGACCACUCCGGAUCUUCGGAGGAUGAGGACUGUGGGGGCAAGGAGAUGAUUUCCCAGAGUCAUGCCAUUUUCUCCAUUGUUCUCAGCCUGCCUGGUAUUAAGGCUGCUGUCAACUCCCAGCUGACCUCAUGUGAGGAUCUGGAUGCAGCGUCAGAGGAGGAUCCCCUCAGGGGAGCGGAGUAUAGCCGAGACAGCCUUUCAACCGUCACCACCAACACCACUGAUGCCACUACCCCUGAUGGAGCAAACAACUCAGAAAACAGCUUCCAUCAACGAUUCUGCUCACGCAAGAUUCAAUCAAUGCCUACCAUCCAGGCAACUGAUAACCAAGUCUCGGAUGGUCCCCCAACAACUACUACCACUGCCACCGACAGCACUAUCACCAGCACCACCACCAAAUCCCCCUCUGUCCCAAUGUCCUUCAAAGAGGCAGCUCUGGCGAAACGUUUUGCAGCCCGAGCCCGGACUCAGAUCACUAAGAGGAAGCGCAUGUCUUUAGUGAAGGAGAAGAAAGCAGCUCAAACUCUCAGUGCCAUACUCUUUGCUUUCAUCAUCACAUGGACACCUUACAACAUUAUGGUGCUGAUCAAUGCCUUCUGUAAUAAUUGUGUCCCGGACACCCUGUGGGCAGUGGGGUACUGGCUGUGCUAUGUCAACAGCACGGUAAACCCCAUGUGCUACGCCCUGUGCAACAAGACUUUCCGUACAACCUUUAAGAUGAUACUGAUGUGCCGCUGGGACCAGAAAAAAAGGAGGAAGCAACAGUUCCAGCAGAGGCAUUCGGUGGUCUUCCACAGGAGGAUUCCCAAGGAAUCUACGUAAAGGACAGGGAGUUGGAUAACAGGGAAUCAAAAGAUGUAACAUAGGACAAGGAAAAAGAAGAAGCAUCCAUGUAGUUGUAUCUGUGGAGUUUCUUUGCUUCCUUAAUGUGUUCCUCCGCUGGUAUGUCAAGAAGAGAAAUCCUAUGUUGGUAUUGAGUAUGUGUUUGUUUCUGUGCAUCUGUUUAGCAAAGCUGUGUGUGUGUAAAGGGUUGUGUAAGGUGAGGUCCAGAGAUAAAAAAAGAAGAAAAACAAAAAAAAACUGUUCCCUGUGUCCUUGAAGAACUCUUUACCAUUUCACGCUUGUGCAGCUGACAGAAAAUGAACUGAAUGGAAAACAAUAGAAAAGGGCUUUAAAAUGCGUUGCAGGAGAAAUUUUGAAGUGCAAUUGACACAAGGGGAGAGGAUAUCUUUGUCAUGGGGUUGGGGAUUCACAUUUCUUAUCUUUUCUCUCUGUUGGUAAUUAGACCUGUCACGUGCAGAGUGGUUUUGCAUUUCAAACAUACCUAUGUAUCUGUAAUACAUCACUGAAAGUCAAGACAAAACUAUUUUGUGUUCACAGGCUUCUACAUUGUGCUGAUUCGACCUGCCGUCCUCUUGACUGGCAUGUGUUUUUGUCAGAACUUCUGUAUAUUGCCUUUCUACAUUGAUAUAGCUUUCCUGUGUCUGAUGGAAAUUCUUGAAUUGUGUCCUUACUUUCAGUAAACAAAGAUCUGUUAUUUUUGUGAUAUUCAUUUUUGGUUUUCUAGAUAUUCCUGAGAUUUUGAGCCAGUCUGAAAAUGAUUCUUCUGAUGAAUUGAGUUGUGAAUAUUUUGUGUGGCACCACAGUCAGUGAACUGCUGUUGUGUUCAAUGUGAUUGUUGUGGUUUUUAUGGUGGAGACAAUAAGUACAUUGGUUGUGUUUUAUGUACUUGCCGUUCUCUGUCAAGAGUAAUGAUUAUACAUUGAUAAUAUUCCAUUUGUGUACAUUUUAAUAUUUUGGACUUGAUACACAAUGAUUGAUUGCACACACAAAGAUGUCCAUUUAUAAAGAUGUGUGUUUUGAUAUUACACUAUCCUUUAGAUUUCUACAAAAUGAUGCAUCUGAGGAACUGUUUGUAAAAGGCCACCCAUCUUUCACAUAGUAGAGCAAUGGUACCCUCUAGUGGCUUGAGAAAGACUUGUUGUCCAGGCUGUAUUUCUGUCAGUCCAACUUCUACAGUGCAAGAUCAAAGUCCCAUUGUUCUAAUAUGAAGACAAAAAAAUGUGCAAUUAUUCAUACUUUAAGCCGGUUCUGUAAAUUGACUUAAAUGUAUUCAACUUUAUUUAGAUUUCAAAUCUAAAAGAAAAAAUGUAUUGGAUUGGUUUUUAAAAAAGAAUAGCCACAAUCAUUGAAGUUAAAAUAUUUUAACCUGAUUUUUUGUUGUUGUUGCUGAAUUUCUAAUGAUUUGUGGGGGAAGAUUUUCUCUCAGAUAAUAUAAUCGAUAAUUGUCUUGGUCCUCAGGUUCAAAGUGGACAAACACAACACCCAACGUCAGCAUAAAGAGGCCAACUAAGACAGGAAUUAAUUCUAAUUUUUAUUUGUAUUGCACAUUAUGUGAUUAUUAUCUUAUGUAGAUGGUUUUUACAGUGUUGCCACACCCAGAUCUUGAAUUAUUGUGAAAAGGCAAAGGAUAAACUGUAUUAUGACAACUGGCAUACUAGAGAAUGAGUACAUCGGGUUAUGUUGGAUGCAGUGUAUAAUUAUGUACUGUAUACAAAAGAGAUGUUAAAAUAUAACCCAUGCUUGUCAUCAGUGGGUAUUUGGUUUGCUUUUUAACAAAAUGUGCACCAGUGUCUUCAUCGAAACAUGAGAUUUUUGUACUUAAAUAUUGGGAAUGUAAACUACCAAAAUGGUGAACACAAACAUUUUGUUACAUUUCAAGUAUGCCAAUCAUACUCGUAUUUUAAGUCAAUAAACAAAAA